CCCAGUUGACGUUAUAUUAGUUAGAAUGGUCAUGGUCUAUUAAAUGACAACUGAAUUCUCCCUCUCUCCAAAGCAGUUCUAACAAAUCCUGAACAUAAGUACAACGAAUGUUAUAUUUAUUUCAAAGUUGCGGUAUUAGACCGAGUUCAUGUUUGUUUGUUAUUCACGUAACACGUUAUAUAAUAUGAAUCGACUGUAACGUCACGUUACUCUGCGGAAAAUGAGAACAGCUGACAACAUUGACUAAUCGAACUUCUUCCCAGGUGGUUUGCAGUUACAUAGGGGCUUGUUAGAGACUAAAAACAGCCUGAACUGGAAAAAAUCCCAUCUUUACAUUACAGUCUUCAAGCGGCGACGGAUCACCUCGAUGCUGCUGCGCCAACUGGCGGACGGACGUCGGAUUUAGCGCCGUUGUUAUGAACGUAGCUUCAGUGGUGCAUUGUGGGAUACAAAAUGUCUCCCAAGAGUGCUGGCUAACGCUACUUUGCCAGAGAUACUUGCGAAUAAAUAUAUAUCUUUCUCUUCUUUCCGCCGUUAACGUGUCAGUGUUUAUAGAUGAUAGGGUAACGGUGUACUGCUAUCGCCAUGUCCACGAAAGCGGAGUCCAGGGUGUCCAGCUCCAGCUCCAGCUCCAGAACAGAUGAAAGGAAGAGAUCGAGCAGCACAGGUCGAGAAAAAACAAAACGGAAACGCAGUCGUAGUAGGUCUUCCUCGUCGUCCUCUUCUAGGUCAUCGUCAUCAUCUUCAUCCUCAUCGUCAUCUUCUUCGUCGGGCUCGUCAGACUCAUCCAGCAACAGUCGGAGUAGCUCUAGCAGUAGCGACUCUCACAGUAAACCCAGAAAGCAGUCUAAAAAAAGGAAAAAGGAGAAACCCAAAAAAAAAGUUAAGAAGGAAAAACGACACAAACGUAAAAAGGACAAGAAAGCAAAAGGGGGAGAGGAAAACUCGGGACCUGUACAAAUCUCCAAGUACUUGAAGGACAAGAAGAAGGGCAAGUACAGCAUGAUUUCAGGGAAGAAGAUAAAAAUGAAAGUAAAGAAGUCAAAAAAGGACAAACAGCGCGAUAAAAAUCGAGCAGAACUUCUUGAGUUCCUGAACUCCACUCUGUGAUGCGUCUUUGGACGGCAGUGAUAGUGCUCAGAUCCUUCUUGCAGAACUCAGGAAACAACAACUCAGCUUUUCAGGAGAACAACAAUGAAGAGUUUUCUGAGAGAUGAUGACAUCUUGCAUUGACUCACAGGGCCUGAUGGGGCAAAGAAGCUGCGUUCAGAACACUUGCCUGAUUUUCCCCAUGGCCCCGUCCAGCUGGAGGAUUCUUCAGCUUUCUUUGUGGUUUGAACUUAUGGUCCCACCCCCUUGAACAGUGUACUCCACCGUUAAAACAUCUUACUCCUCUGACAUCGGAUCACCGUGGACCAGAGAUGUUUUCUUCUUCCAUCUUUUUUUAUUUCAUUGUUCUUCCAAACCAGCUGCCCACAUCACCCAGAAUGCAACUUGUCAGGCCUCA